AUGGAGCGAGACGUCCGGCGUGGCCGUGGCCAGUGGAGAGGAUGCCAUUCUUUUCGCGACAUUUUCUGCGACGACGCAGCUGGACCGGGCACCCCGUACAAGAGGCACGGUGGUCUCAAGAUGGGCCACACCUACUAUUACUAUUACGAGGUGGAUGGUGCCGUCGAGACUCACAACACUGCUCUGCCUUCAACAACUGCCUGCCCAUACAUGCCUGGCCAGACCGUCAACACCAUGAUCGUUCCUGUCGAGCAGGCUCUCCGGAAGCGAAGUGCAUCUCUCAGCUCCAUGCGUCUCACCGACUUCAUGACUAUGGACCCCGAGUCCAAAUUCGUCACUCCUCGACCCACUCCCUCAGCGAUGGCCGACAACGCAACCUUGCGCUUAGGCUCAUCGCCAUUGCUCAACCACAAAUCAUCGUCUCGAUCACUCUCACCGGCCCCUGCAUGGAAACGAUUCUUCUCUCGAAAGGUGACGAGUCGCGAUGAUGAACGUGGCCGAUCACCAGUCCGCGAGAGCAAUCCUCGCUCAGUUCCCGACGACUCGGAUGUCCGAUGCACAACUCCAUCUGAAGGCACUCGCACCAGAGACAUCUCCCCCGAGUCCCUCCGCCGCUUCCUGUCUGAUGAUGUUCCAUCCCGACCUGGUUCCAACCUCAGUGUGAGACCGACCUUGGUCAUCCCCGAUGAGACACCCGAGGAGAACGACAAUGACGAGGACAACGAUGACGAUGACAACUUUGCAACGUCUGCCGUCUCCGAGAAUCCGGCUUAUACUACCGGCCUGACUCCUCCCCCCUUUAGGCGCACUGCAUCUUCCGAAUCCGUUGGUCGUGUCAUUAACUCCCGUUCUCUCACUCUCAUGCCCACGAGGCCUUCGAACUUGACCGUGUACGAGACCCAGGAGGUGCCGGCAUCUGCUGUCAUCCCGUCCCGGCCCAAGCUGGAGACCUCUCGCUUAACAUUGUCUACCUCAUCGAGCUACUUCGCGUCUCCCGUUUCUCCCCAGUACCCCGACGAAGAUGCUCAGGCUUUCUACUACGACUUGACCGACGAUGAGGACGACAUGUUGUCGAGCAACAACAGCGAUAUCAUCUCCUUCCAGCCCACGGCUAGCACGUCAACUAAGACGGAGUCUUAUGAGUGUUACAGCCUCCCCGAGCCGGAGGAGAAGAGAAGCAAGAUCGUUGGACCUCAGUCUACGUACGCUAAGAUCAACUCUCCUACCCUCCUCUCCCGUGCCCAUGUCGACCUCUCCGUCAGCGGCACCAACCUCCUGGGCUCGCCCAUUGAUAACGGCCUGGAUGAUUUUGCCAACGAGCUGAGUUGGAUAGUUGACGUGAUUGGCAACAAGCGCGACUGA